AUGGACGUCUCGCCCGAGUUCCUCGCCCGCGUGCAGCAAUACGAAGAGAUGAUGACCAACGUCCCUGGGACCUUUGCCAAUGAAUCCUUCAAGUCGCGACUGCCCGGACUCGUCCGCGACUGCGUGGCCGACAAUCGUGAACGGUUUUCGUCGGACCAGAAGAACCGUUUGCUGCAGCUCGCGGAGGCUAUGAUCGACGAUGCCGGAAUCCCACUACCGUCUCAAUACUUGGAACAAGUUACCAAGUCGUCAACCAGUGCCCACUGGGAGACCUUGCUGAAGGGCAAAGGCUAUACGUGGCAAAACGGUCCAUGGUUUUUGGUGGAGCAGUACAUGUUCCAUCUCGUGCUGCUGCUGGCCGAGUACUACACGACAGGCCUUGAUCCGUUCCACCCCUCCAAGGUCGCAGAGCUGAAAGAGGUUACUCCUUGGGUGUUGUUGCAGACCGCAGUGAGUCUGUCAGCUCGGAACGAGGAGGUUCGAUCACAAACUCGUUACGGUCAAUUGGAGCGAUUGAUUAAAUUGUGUCUAUGGGGCAACAAGGCUGACGGGUGCUACAAAGAGGUGAAAGAUACGAUAACAGCUACGAACGUGUCGUUCGCUUUCGACGACGAGCUGUUGCUUGUGGAUCAUACAAAUGACGUCAUGAACUUCCUCGAUCAAAAGGCGCGGGAGACUGGCGACGCGAAGAGCGUGAGCGUGCAGUUCAUCAACGACAAUAGCGGUGCGGAGCUUUUGCUGGAUCUCGCACUGGCUGACCACUUGCUCGAUCGUGGCUGGUGUGGCAAGGUUACGCUGAAUGUGAAAGUUGAACCCAUGUACGUGUCGGACGCAACACCUGCUGAUGUGCAUGAACACAUUGCUGAGAUGCAGCGUGAGACGCGUACGCCUGAAGUUCAAGCAUUGGGUAAGCGUUUGGCUACACACGUCGAGAAUGACAAGCUGGUGAUCCACUCGGAUAUUUUCUGGAACCGCUACGCGUACUAUUGGGACAUGCCCCUGGAGCUGCAGACUCGUUUCGCCCGCGAGGCGACGCUCGUGAUCAUCAAGGGAGAUCUGAAUUAUCGUCGUCUGCUGGGAGACCGUCUGUGGCCGCCGUCAACGCCCAUAGAGGAUGCGGUUCCGUACUUUCCAACUGCUUUCGUGUCGUUCCGCACGUUGAAGUCCAACCCCGUGGUGGGCAUUCCUGCCGACGUUGUGGCAAAGCUUGAAAAGGAGGACCCAAAGUGGCGAUACAAUGGAAAGCGCGGUACGAUUCAAGGCGUGCUGGGUGCGGAUAUCGUAGCCGAGAAAGCUACACGUGCAGUUCACGUCGAAUGUGACCGUUCUGGCGAAUAG